UGCUCCAGCGAUGACGCUUCAGUCCUAACGGUUUAUUUUAGCUCCGGUAUUUUUCCUGUUCGCUUUACAUUUUUACCCCCGAUGUAGCUUAAAACACACAUUUUGUUUUUUAUCCCUAGCUUAGCUUUCCAUUUCAUCUGAGCUCGGAUAUUAACCGCUUUCCCCCCCGCUCCUUUAUGCCGCUUCCCUCGCUGUCUUUUACUGCAUUUUAGAUGUAUUUUGUGUCCCUUGUUUCCUCCAGUAACCCAUGUCUGUGUGCAUCCCGCCUCCCUGCGCUCUCAAUAGAUGGUGCAAGUCAAAAUGUCCAAAUCGCCCGUAGACCCUCUGUCUGCUGUGGAAACAGGCUCCCAGUCGCACUAUUUCCAGCUGCCCAGGAAGUUGCCUAAACGCAAGAGCCGCUUCAAACGCUCAGAUGGCAGCACGUCUUCUGACACAACAUCCAGCUUCAUCAAACGGCAGGGGUCGGCUGAUUCGUACACCAGUAGACCGUCGGAUUCAGACCUGUCAGCAGAGGAGGACCGCGAGGCGUAUCGGCGUGAAGCCGAGCGCCAGGCACAACUGCAGCUCGACAGAGCUAAGUCCAAACCUGUAGCGUUUGCAGUAAAGACGAAUGUGAGUUACUGCGGAGCUCUGGAUGAGGACUGUCCUGUCCAAGGAGCUGCAGUUAAUUUCGAUGCCAAAGACUUCCUGCACAUCAAAGAAAAGUAUAAUAAUGACUGGUGGAUCGGCCGGCUAGUAAAAGAGGGUGCAGACAUCACCUUCAUCCCCAGCCCUCUGCGACUCGAGGCCAUGAGGCUCAAACAGGAGCAGAAACAAAGGAAAACAGGAGGUAACUCCUCCAGUUUAGGGGACAUGGUGACUGGGAGCUGGAGGACCACACCGCCAUCUGCAGGUGAAUCCAAACAGAAGCAAAAACAGGAACACGUCCCUCCCUACGACGUGGUGCCCUCUAUGAGGCCGGUGGUCCUCGUGGGACCAUCGCUGAAGGGCUAUGAGGUGACGGAUAUGAUGCAGAAAGCUCUUUUUGACUUCCUGAAACACAGAUUUGAGGGGAGAAUCUCAAUCACCCGUGUAACUGCCGACCUGUCUUUAGCCAAGAGAUCUGUCCUCAACAAAAGACCCAUCAUGGAGAGAUCCAACACGCGCUCCAGCCUAGCGGAGGUUCAGAGUGAGAUUGAGAGGAUAUUCGAACUUGCCAAAACGCUGCAGCUGGUGGUUCUGGACGCGGACACCAUCAACCAUCCCGCACAGCUAGCCAAAACCUCCCUCGCACCCAUCAUUGUCUAUGUGAAAGUUUCCUCACCAAAGGUGCUCCAGAGGCUGGUCAAAUCCAGGGGGAAGUCUCAGAGCAAGCACCUGAAUGUGCAGAUGAUGGCUGCAGACAAACUCUCUCAGUGCCCCCCUGAUAUGUUUGAUGUCAUUUUGGAUGAGAACCAGCUUGAAGAUGCAUGUGAGCAUUUGGCUGAAUACCUGGAGGUCUACUGGCGUGCCACUCACCUCCCAGGAAACACCCCUCUCAACCCCUUAUUGGAGCAGAGUCUGAUGACCCCGCCUUCUGCCAUCUCCAGCCUCCAGAACAAGAACCAGCCGCAGCCUCGUGAGGCGGUGGGCCUGGAGGGUGAGGAGGAGGAGGAGGCAGGUGAGGAGGCCCACUCCCCCCUGGAGCAGGACAGUCUUAUGCCGUCUGACGAGGCCAGCGACUCCCUGUCUCGCGGCCGGAGGGGGAGCCCGUGCCACAGGGGGGGCGAGGAGGACGAAGAGGAGGAAGAAGAGGAAGAGGAGGAGGAAGAGGAGGAGGAGGAUGAGUAUGCCUCCCCCUGCCAUGCUCGCACAUACAGGGACAUGUACCCCCCUCACCGUGGGCACACCGGCAGUGCCCACAGUGCCAACGGGCACGAGUCACAGGACAGGCUGCUCCAACGCGAAGCUCAGCAAGGCCACAACCAGAGGAACAACCGCCAGCGCAGCCGCCCCUGGCCCCGAGACACCUACUGAGGAACAAGCCCCCCCUCCCACCCACACGGCCUCCAGAUCAGCACCGAGCCCUACGACUGUCGUACGUUCCCAAACAAACGAUUUACAGAUGAAACACUUGCCCCAAAAUCAGAUGCCCAGUUUAUAAAGUAGACAUCUUUAGGUCUAUUUUUAAAGUAUUAACAGUCGCUCUCUUCCAGACUCCCAGUUUUAAUUUAUCUUUCGGGGAUGCACUGACCUCUCCAGGGUCACGUCAUUCAGAUUAAAGUCAACAGGGCUACUCACCUCUGCAAUGGAAAGGUUUCAGGCUACCAGCUGUACGCAAACUCAAACUUUAGCUGCUUUGCCUAAGGUUUCUCUAUUGUAGGAUGUCUCAUAUACUGGCCUUAAAAUUCCUAAGACUUUUAACUAUCUUUACUAUUGCAUGUAUGAGUAUAAUUAUUUUAAGACUAUUUGCACAUUGACGUCAGAACAGGAACUGAAUGAACCUUACGGAUAAACUAAUGUAGGAAUGUCUACUGUUGAAUCCACUUAUGGGGAAUAGUAAUGCAUUUGAUUACAAUGUAUAUACUGAAUGGGCACCUGGUUUUGUUUCAUUGCUACUAUAUUUGUUUGAUUAUGUUAAAUAUGGACUUGUUCGUUGUUUCAGAGAAAUGUUGCCACCCAUGUGUUCAGUCAGUUUUUACUCUGAAGACGGUGAAUGGAGACACACACACCUACACACACACUUAAUAGUCUCUUAACGGUCACAAUGUACACUGAACGAAAAUUUAAAUGCAACACUUUUGCCUUUAUUCCCAUUUUUCACAAGUUUAAGUAAAGAUCUAAGACUUUUUUUAUGCGCUCAGAAGAUAUACUCUCAAAUUUUGGUCGCAAGAUUGUUAAAAUCCAUGUUAGUGAGGACUACUUCUUCUCCAUGACAAAUCAUCCGCCA